UUCACAUGCCAGAUGUAGAGCGUGGCAGUCGUUGUUGCCCCAGCAACCCUAAUCAAUCGGGGAAGGCGCGGCGAGAGUGCAACACAAGAGCCCCGCCAGACCCUCGACACACGCGCAUCUUUCUGCCACAACGACAACGACACCAGGUAAGGCACUGGGCUCCUUCUGUACAUUGGUUUUGGAUUCUUUCUUUUCUUGAGAUACCCCACCGGCGUCAUGGGCUCCGACGACAUUGUCGACUUCGAGGUCAUCGAAAACUCGAAGGAAAACAUUCAGGCCAUUCCCAGCGGCCGCUCUGCCAGAGCACUCGCACAACUUUACACACCACCGCUAGGCGCAAAGCCAGGUCACACACCGUCGCCGCUUCAAACACAAGAUGCGCACAGCGCAAGGCGAUUAGAGUUCGAGAAGGAGCUCAUGAACAUCGACGACUCAGAUGACCCACUCGACAUCUACGACCGAUACGUGAAGUGGACACUGGACGCAUACCCCUCCGCACAGAACGAUAAACAAUCGCAGCUUGGACCGCUUCUCGAGCGCGCAACAAAAGCCUUUCAGUCGUCCUCACACUACAAGAACGACCCUCGCUAUCUGAAACUUUGGCUACACUACAUCAGACUCUUCGCCGACACACCGCAGGAGAUCUUUAGGUUUCUUGCGCGCCACAACAUCGGCGACGGGCUCGCGCUAUACUACGAAGAGUAUGCAGCAUGGCUUGAGGGGGCCGGGCGAUUCUCCCAGGCCGAAGAGAUCUACAGCUUGGGCAUUGAGAAGGAAGCGCGGCCAACCGAACGCUUGGUCCGCAAGUAUGGCGAGUUCCAGCACCGUUUCGAAAGUCGACCACAGGACGUUCCCGAGCCCUCGAGCCCAGCUCUGCCCGCUGUGCGCCCAGCUCUGGCUGCGAAGAUCGACCCUUUCGCCCCUGCCUCGCCCGAACCGCAGGCCCAGAGUCAGCCGAAGGCAGCAAAGCCAAAGUCUGGCAAGCCCAAGAUGGCCAUCUUCUCUGACGAGGGAGAGCCAGCACGAACAAGCUCGAGCGGGAGCGGCAAAGGUUGGGACAGCAUUGGGACAAUCGCAGACCGCAAGAAGGAAAACACACAGGAGGCUCGACCCUGGGCUGGUGAGACGCUGAAGGGUGGAAAGACCAACAAGGGUGCGGGCAAGAUGAUGAUUUUCAAGGAUGAGACCAAAUCACAUCUUAAUGACGAAACAUCCAUACCCCACCCGCUGCGUGAACAGUUGCAAGCCAUCAACCCGAAAACAGGCCGAGUCGAAGUUGUGUUCGUUGACUUGGAGCAAGUAUAUCCUAAUCAUAGAGAUCCCAUGUCAGUGGAGUUCUCAUUCGAAGAGCUGCGAGCUAGGCACAGAGGUUGGCUUGACCGCGACUGGGCAACUAUCCGUCGCGAAGAACAAGAGCAGGCCAGGAAGGUCGCUGAAGAGGCUGCUGCUGCACAGCUGCCUAAGCCCAAACCCGCACCUUUGGCACCCAAGCAAGAACCUCUAGGACUCAAACAAGAUGCGCAGAAACCUCCGAAGCCGCAGACCGUACCUCUAAAAGGCGGCGAAGAUGAUGUGCUGGCUGGCGACGAUGAGAACAGGCCGCCUUCGCAAGCCGACGUUGAGAAGGCGAAGGCAGCUAAGAAGGCACGGAAGGAAGAGCGCGCGAACCGAACCCGUAAGAUCCAAGUCAUGGACGUCAAGGAGAUCAGCGGAGAAACACAAACGAUCCAAGCGAAGCUAGAUUCGCCUUCGAAGAAAUCAAAGGUUCGCCGGAAGAAAGGCGGUCGUGAAGCUACGAUGACUCUUCACACAAAGGAGGCGAUGGAUGAUAUCUACGAGAUCUUCAACCAGCCGUUGAAUAAGCCUGAAGAGGAGGUUGCAGAGCCACAGAGUGAAGAGGUGAGCACUGAAGAUGAUGAGAGUGACUACACAAGUGGUGCAGAAAGCACAGCAACUCGCAGCGAAUUUGGUGACGAGACGACAGUCGGCGGCGACUUCACACUGGGUACAGUGAUCGGUGACAACGACUCCGACGAUGGCAGCGGCAGCGGCAGCGAAGCAGACCACACGGAGGUCGAAAACACAGAACUUGACAACACCGAUGUCAGAAGUGUUUCGGCUUGGUCUGACCUUACUGAGAGCAAGGACGCUAAAGACGAUGAGGAGGAUGACGAGGACAACAAUAACGACACUGUCCGCUUCGCCCGAACAAAUGACGAAUCUGAACACUCAGAAGACGAGUCUUUCGAGCAGGUGACACAUCCGUUGGUCAACUGGGAAGAGCAGUAUGAGCCGGAGGUGACAACUCCCACAUCACCGGAAGCACCAGCAUCACUGCCCACUCGUUUCGUACCAGUUCCACCGGAAGACCAUAACUACCCAAUGAGGCCAUACCGAGAUUCAAUGCAGGCUGCGAACAACCGUCUACCCUUCAUGACCCCAAUCGUAGAGAAGACAGAGUCAUCUUUGGGUUUUGCAACUGCUUACGCUCAAAAGGAACAGUUGAACGCUAAGACGCCAUCACGAUCGAAGGGCGACCUCAUUAUCUUCGAGGAUGGGGAUGAAGAUGAGCCUGGUAGUAGCCCCUUCCAGGAUCUCCUUGGACAAGCUAUUGAUGGCCCAGGUAAAAUUACGAAACUGUCACUCAGGCAGUCGGAGCCAUCACCCAGUGAACUUCUCGCCGCAACUGUUGAUGAACCAGCACGAAAACCUCUCGCCGCAAAGCCUGCUGUGUUCAGGGAUCCGAAGCCCACGGGACCAAUAAUUCAGGACAUGCAAUGCAACCCGGUGGGCGAAGAUAUCCGCAACAUGAUCUUGCAAGAAAUUCAGCCGCCUCUUGACAGCUAUGAUGGCUACUUUGCAGACACAGAGGCGGUCAGUGGAAAGGGUCUUGAGAUCCAAAAGUACACAAAGGCGGUAAAAAAGAUAAAGAACAAUGCCCAGGACAAGACGAUAACGAACCUGGCUGCUCCGCCUAAGCUCGUGUUUGAAGGAUCGGAUCGGACGUACACUGUCAAACGAGAGCUCGGCAAGGGAGCAUUCGCUCCAGUAUACCUCAUCGAAAGCACACCGAAGGACGAGGAGGAUGAGAACGCACACGCGCAAAUGGGCAAGGGCGACUUCGGUCUCAAGCGUCGGUCUCUGGAAGCUCUGAAGAUGGAAGAUCCCCCCACGCCAUGGGAGUUCUAUGUCAUGCGACAAGCAAAGCGCCGACUCGGAGUAUCUCGAGCAUCUGACUCCAUUGUUCACGCAUACGAAAUGCAUGUCUUCCGGGAUGAAUGCUACCUGAUCGAAGAGUUCCGUGACCAGGGUACACUCCUCGACCUCGUCAACAUCGCCCGCGCCGAAAACGGCGUGAUGGACGAGCAACUAGCCAUGUUCUUCACCGUCGAACUCUUCCGCACCGUCGAAGCGCUCCAUGCCAAAGGCAUCAUCCACGGCGACCUCAAAGCAGACAACAUCCUUGUACGCUUCGACGCUCUGCAGAAGGGCGAAUGGGACUCAGUCUACCAGCGUGAUGGCCGUGACGGCUGGGCAUCCAAGGGUAUCUCGCUCAUCGACUUCGGUCGUGGCAUCGACAUGAAGGCAUUCAAGCCGGAUGUACAGUUCAUCGCCGACUGGCCCACUACCGAAGCGGACUGUGCCGAGAUGCGCGAAGCGCGUCCUUGGACAUAUCAGAUCGACUACCACGGCCUAGCAGGCAUCGUGCACAACCUGCUUUUCGGGAAGUAUAUCUCUACUGUUGCCGAAAAGGGGGCGGGGCUCGGUGCUGGCGCGACAAAGACAUACAAGAUUAAAGAGACUCUGAAGAGGUACUGGCAGACGGAGAUUUGGCAUGAGUGCCUGGAUUUGCUGCUCAAUCCGCUGAUGCAUAUGGAGGAUGAGGAGGGCAGGAAAUUGCCUGUGUUGAAGGGAAUGAAAGAGGUCAGGGAGAAGAUGGAAGCGCAUUUAGAGAGCAAUUGCGAGAAGGGGAUUGGGUUGAAGGCCUUGGUGAGGAAGAUGGAGGAGGCUGUGAAGAAGAGGUGAUUGUGAAUUUCGGUAUUUAGAUGGAUUGGCGUCGACGUGCUUGCAUGGCGUUUGGGUGGAGAUGAUACCUACGA